AUGGUCCAAGAUGACGAAGAUGAGACUGAGGGAAGAGGGGCGCCUGAAAGUGCAACCCAAGAUCACCAGAACCGCUUUCAGCUACCUGUAUUCUGUGUCCGGCAUUUUGAAAGUCCUCAGGAUGGUGAGCGCCCUCUGGGAACCCACGGGUUCCACCCUGGCCCGCCCCGCUCCACCGUGGGCACCGUGUGGUGGCACGGAGGCACUCGGGGAGUCCCAGGGCAGGGGCAUUCCGACCAGAGGUACACUGGGAGUCCCACGGUUGGGGUUGCACAGAGGCAUUCAGAGGGGCCAGGACUGGGUGUAUGCAGAGGCGCUCAAGAGCCUCAGGACGGGGACGGAUCAGGUAGUUCCACAGGGGUGCACAGGGGUGCGCAGGGGUCAAGGACCGAGAAGGUUGCACAGGGGUACGCUAGGGGGUGUCUCACUGCGGGGUUGCACGGGAGCGCGCAGAGAGUCGCAGAGCGAGGGACUUCUGCAGGAGUUGCCGGGGACCUCAGGACUGAGAGGGUUGUACAGGGGUGCGCAGGGGGUGCCGGGAAGUGGGUGGUUCCACAGGGGCGCGCUCCACGGUCGCCGAAGGGAGUGGGGCGGGGGAGAGGGCGAGCGCGGGAGCAGCAGCCGUUGAGACCAAUUCCCCAGAAAAGGCGUCCGGGGCCUGGGGCCGGGGCUGCCGCCGAGCCAGAAGGCCGUCACCUCAAGCCAUUCGCCAUGGAGAGAAAGAUCCCACCAACCCCGACCUCGCCAACCCCAACCCCAUCACCGAGCAAAACUGAUUGGCAGCACCCAAAACGCCAGUUCGAAAGCUACAAAUCGCAGUGCAAGAAGAGCACGCGCAACUACUUCAUCAAACAUUGGUCCGGGGACUUAAAGGUCGCCUGUGUGGACGUACUCAAUGAUGUUUUUGCAUUUCUGUACCUUUCGUAUGCCGGCUUCUACUCACUCAUUUACCCACCAAGCUCUAUAGAUGCACUAUACUGGCAAAUAUGUGUAGUCAUACUUUUUGUGGCCCUCUUGUCUCUGAUAGACAUUGUUUUACAAAGCUGGCGGUUUAGCUUUCGAAAGAUAAAAUUUGGAAUUCAGAAGCCUAUCAAAAAGUGACCCGUCCCCUCCAACCAGGAGACAGAGGACUCUGCACACUUAAAAUCUCAUAGAAAACACAAGUAUUUACCUCUCUUCUCUUUUACAAAGAAGAUCUUCUUUUCCUCUGAAAUUCCCAUUUUGACAUGUUCAUGGCAAAGUGCUUUCCCUCCAAAAUAAAGAUUAUAUGGAAGUCUUUUUUUCAGAGGAAUGUCAAUUUUAACUUUACUAGAGUUCUCUGCUGAAAACUUGCCUUGACAUAUCUGAGAGUAACCCAGGGUUCUUGGAGACCAAGGCAGCAGAAUUCAAGUUCAUCUUAAGUGCUUA